AUGGACGGCACCCGGGGGAGCAAUCGCCGCAUCAACAGCCUCCAGGCCCAGGACCGCCUGCGACGACGCAGUUCAGCCAACGCCCAGGGGAAGCGCCCCGUCACGGCCCAAGAUGCCUAUCUCUAUGCCCUCCGCGCGGCAUACCUCGCAUACCUCCUCCAACCCCGGCAGAAGCGGGUGCAACAUGUCCCCGCCGCGCCCAAACAUGUCCAGCGAUCGUCGACCUCGAUAAACGACCUCAUGAAGGACUUCUCCCUCAUACGGGACUCCAAGAGCACGCGCUUCCCCCGCGACUUCAUGGCUGCACUGGACAAACGGAUCACAAAGGUGUUGAUGGGGCAGGAGCGCAUGCCUGAGUUCCAGGAUGCCACGGUCAAGCGAACGUUCGCCGUCUUCCUGAAUGCAUUCAAGGACCCGUCGUUCAGGAAGAACAUGGACAAAGAUAGGAGAGUCGAGGACCUUCUUCUGAUUUUCUACUCCAACGCCACAAAGGAACUGCAAAAGGGGAAGGCGCCUGGAGAUGACAGCUGGAAGCUCAUGGUAGAUCGGCACGUCGCUCUCUUCCUACGUCUUGUCAGCUCUUGCCUCAAAGACCAUGACUGGCAAAAGGACAGACCCGAACUUGCGCAUCGGUUGGCCACGAUGGAGAAGAAGUUACUCGUACACGACCAAGAUUUGGCGGCGGAGAACCAGCGCAAUGGCGGUCAGGGUGGCACAACAGUCGAAGUCGAGGUUCCGCGAAGUUAUGAAGUCAAGGACAUGCCCCUCGUCUUGGUAGUGUCACGCAUCUUCGCUGUAGGGUACUCCGAUGUACAAGCCGAUAUCAACCGAUACAAGUCCGUAUGGACGGAGAAGGCUGCGCUGCAGGAUCUCAAGACAUACCAGGCGCACCUCAGUCUCAUGACCAAGAAGACGCUGAACAGUGACGACUUCGAUACCGAGGAGGCGUACGAGGCAUGGAAGAACCAAGAGGUGCCAGACCUCUCGCAGAUGAUACUGGCAAUCAUCCAGUCCAACCCCGAGCUCGCAAAGAGUUCACCCGGAUCUGUGCCACACUUCAAGCCCAAUGCUUCUUUGGACCCCGGCUACUCAGACGGUUCGAGGCAGGGUUCUAUGUCGUCAGAGAACGGCUCCUCAUAUGUCAUUGACCAGUCUGUGGAUAUGAACGGGCUCAGCCUCAACGACGACCCAAAUGAUAGCUCAUCCUAUACCUUCAUACCUUCAGAUCCACGUGCCACUUAUCGUGCGAUACUGAAUGAAGCACUGACGUAUGAUCUGGCGGACAACGACCUCGAACCAUCCGAAGCUACCAACGAGAACCCGUCUGUGAAGCUACUGUCAAAACAAUCGGCUGAGCUUUUGAAUGAGAUAGCCCUCCGAUGGAGGAUACCACAAUUUUCCCGUCUCGUCUUGUUCCUAGACGUCAUACGCGACAAGUACAUUAACCAAGACAUCAGUCUGGAUACCCUCGAUGCUGCCUUCAACUAUGUCAAGGAACCACCGCCAGCUGACAAGAAGGCCAAUCGAAUGAGCCAUAUUCCAGUACAAGUGUCGUUGUUUGACCGAACGAAAUGGACAAUCCAGGACUACACUCUCAACCAGCAGAUUCUGUCAACGUUGCACGACUGCCUGUUAAGAGAGUUGUAUGAGCUGAUGAUGCAUGUAUACGACACCAAACCGCCUGCACUCGGACCGGUGAUGUACAUACUUGAGACCCACAUCUACGACGACCCUACUUUCCCCGGCACCGAAGAAGACAUGGAUCAGUUCACUGAACAAUUGCGUCACGGACUAAGGGACAAGGCUGGCGACGUAUACCGAGAGCUGCUAGCGAAGCACAUCCCGGACACCAAAGAAGAAUGGGAGUUCUACCAUGUCAUUGAGCUGGGUCGUGCUGUGGUCAAGCUAUGCGAGCGGAUACAGAAGCGCUACCGCAAGAACCCAGAGGUCAUGGGUGCUAGUCCCAUGAAUUGCCUCGUUGAGAAGAUGUUUCCCUCUUACGCCGCAGAUGCGCGGGACCUUGUCGCUCGGAUCAUGGACGUUGCUCAAAGCAAAGGAGAGGAUGUACCCGUACAGGAUGGCUUCGACUUGUACAAAGAGCUUGUUGAGAUACGCCGCAUACACAGCGAUGCUCUACCAGGCAAAAACUUUGCUUUUAGCAUCGAAGAUCAGCUACAGGACUUUGUGUGGAGAUGGAUUCAGAUGACGGAUCAAAACCUUAUUGGGUGGGUUGACAACGCUUUCAAGGCAGACCAAUUCCAGAUCGAAUCGCAGAACCCCAUUCCUUCAGACGAGGAGCGCCACAGUGUCUCGGUCGUGGAUGUCUUCCGGUCCUUCAAUCAGAGUAUCGAGCAGAUUGUCUCACUAAACUGGGAUAACGAUGUCCAAUACGCCAAAUUCAUGACUGCUGUGUCGAAAUCGAUCGGUGUCGCACUUGCGAGAUACUGCGAACUUGUUGAGCAGAAGUUCGCCAAGGAGAUGGAUCGCUUGACCCCUGAGCAGGAGGCUGCCGCUCAUCAGACCAAAUCAGAGAAGUGGUUGUCGACUGUCAAGGACUUCUACAGCCAGAAAGAGAAGGUCGAGCCCUUUCAAUUCUACCCAGAGUCGCUUGUCAAACUCAACAACAUUGAGUAUGCAAUGCAGCAACUAGAUAAGCUCGAGCGCGAGAUUGGCGUCGAUGCGUGCGCCGAAGUCAUCCAAAAGCAUUCCCCACCACCGACACAACGCCUUCGAAACAACAACUUCGUCUUCACCAUCAAAAUCAUCGAGGCUGAAGACCUGAAAGCUUGCGACAUGAAUGGUCUAAGUGAUCCAUACGUUGUGCUUGGUGAUGAGUAUCAAAAGCGUCUGGCAAAGACUCGGGUCAUCUACCGCAACCUCAACCCUCGUUGGGACGAGACAAUUGACAUCACGACUAAUGGCCCGCUGAACGUCGUUGCAACAAUCUGGGACUGGGACGCUAUGGGCGACCAUGACUGCGUCGGCCGGACGUCUCUCAAGCUCGAUCCAUCACACUUCCGGGACUAUAUGCCCCGAGAAUACUGGCUUGACUUGGAUACGCAGGGUCGUCUGUUGCUGCGUGUGAGCAUGGAAGGCGAGCGAGACGAUAUCCAGUUCUACUUCGGCAAGUCGUUCAGAACACUUAAGAGGACUGAGCGUGACAUGACACGGAAGAUCACAGACAAGCUUUCAUCGUUCAUCGGCUACAAGCUUUCGCGUCGCUCACUUGAUGCCUUGCUCAAUAAGGGCGUAGCAUCGAAGGUCACCAACUACUUAGGAAACUUCCGACAAGCCAGGCCUAUGUCUGUCAUUCAAGGCCCUACACAACAGGACGUCACGCAAGCUCUCGGUCCUUUGUUCGUCUACUUUGACGAAAACUUCGCGAUCAUGAAGCAGACGCUGACAGACGCUGCAAUGAUCAUGGUUAUGACAAGACUCUGGAAGGAGGCACUCGCGACCAUAGAGUCCCUACUCGUACCUCCGCUAUCCGACAAGCUCUCGCAACAGCGCCCGUUGACACAACAAGAGCUUGACAUUGUGUUCAAGUGGCUGAAGAUGCUUUUCGACUUUUUCCACGCUGUAGAUGAGGAUGGGAAUGUUGAGGGUGUACCCAUGGACGUGCUCAAGUCACCCAAGUACCAUGAGCUUCAGAACCUCAACUUCUUCUACUUUGAAGCUACUGAAGACCUGAUCCGUACGUCCGAAUCAAUGGCUGCAGCUAGUGCACGACGACAGCAAGAACAAUCCCAACGCCUGAACCGCAUGUCGGCGCCGCCUGCUAUGGGCCACCAGUUUGGUGGUGCCGCGGGACUUGUCGGGAUGCCGACCAGGAAACACAAGACCAUUAUGCUGUCGCGCAAUCUUGGCACAAUGAAGAAAGCCAAGGAAGAAAAGAGGAAGGAAGCACAGGCUGAGCCUAACGACGACAUGAUCUUGAGGAUACUGAGAAUGAGGCCCGAGGCGGAGAGGUACCUGAAGGACAGAAGCAGACAGAAGGAACGCCUUGCCGCUGCGCAAGCGGCAGAAAUGAUCGUACGACAGAGUCUCAACUCGGGCGGUGGUCGCAUGACGGGCGGCAUGGGCGGCCCACGUCGAUAA